AUGCGGAUAGUUCCACUCCUCAACAUGCUCUCCUUGCCUUCCUCCAAAUGCUAUGGUAUGUCAAUGAUCGGUUACUUGAUGAAGCAAGAGGGAUUUUCGACAUAUGCCAAUGAAAAAUAUGGUUUCUUGGAAUGCAAUGAUCACUCGAUGUGCUCAGGCAGCCAGGCAAGUCGUUUUGGUGAUGCAUUGCACAAUGCAAAGGAAAGUGGGUUCAUGUGUGUAUUGAUAAGAAUGGGAUUGUUGUGA